AUGGAGCGACUGCAUGCUUUCACCGAAUCUCAACGGCCUGCGCGCCGCUUAACGCGAAAGCAGAGUGACCCGUUUGCACCGAAGUGGAGCUUGCCCAUGAUGGCUUCGAACUUUCCCGGGUAUUGGAACACUAUCGCUCCUCCACCAAAGCCUCAGACAGUUGCAGUCAGCACGCCAGGCGGUGGAGGCACACACAGGGCUUCGCUAAGCGAAGAGUGGGGAGAAGAUGAGGUCGUUCCUCCAGGAUACAACUGGCUUCAGCGCAAGACACGCGAUGGACAGACAGUCUUCCCGUACUCAUUGGCAUCGCACAAGGCAUUCUUCGAGUGGUCCGCUCAGUGUGAUCCACCAUGUCGCGUCAGCAGGGGUACUUUUUUUUCAAAGAAUAUGAAAGACUUGGAACAAGCAGAAUGGCGACAAGUGCGCGCUGCCCUAGAAACACAACAAGUGUGCAAACGAGUUUCAAUGCGACCAGCUCUAGUUUGUGCCUGUCUUAAACGUUCACCUCGUUUCGGAGCACGGGCUCAGCUUCCAAUCUGUGCAACGGUUCCAGCUCUUCUCCCAUGUCAUAGUCGAUUUCUCAAUGCCUGCGUCGUGGAGAUGUCGUACACGCUGACAUCAUGGUCUUCAUGUUUCUGCUGCAAGCUGGCAGUGUUGGUACUGUUGCUGCUCUUGGUAAGCUGCCAUCGUCGUCAUCGUCGCCGUUGUGGUGCUUGUGGUGCUAGAAGUGGAUGUCGAAGAAUUAGAAGUAGGAGGUGGGGUAGGAAGUAG